AAUAUAUACUAUUGUAAGGAUAAGUAAAGUAAGUAAAUGAAAAUACAAAUACAUGUUAUAUAUUCAUAGAUUUGUAGUUUAUUAAGAGCGAAAAAUCGGCCUAGGCGUUUAUUUUUACUCCCCCUGAUAGAAAAAAAUUCUCAGCUAAUUUUCAUAAAUUUUUUUAAAAAAGUUUGCUGGAAAUAUGCAAUGUUUCCGAACAACUCUGAGUUGUAUUCUAUAUUAGUUCUGGACAAGUUUGAAUUAUUCUGAUAAUAUCUGGGGAAUUUCAAAAAAUUUUUGAGAUUUUCCGGAAUGAACUUAUUCUUUCGGACGUUUAUCUUUUAUUGACAAUCCGAAAUAAUCAGAGUUUUCAAAAAUCUGAUUAUUUGUGUUAAAGUCGGCUACCACGCGAAAAUCGAAUGAAAAUCUGGGAACUCAAGACUCUUUCCUAAUAAAAAUGUGAAAAACUCUGAUUUAUUUCCUUCCUUUCUAUUAUCAUCUAAUAGAGGUGAAAAUCCCACAAAUUUCACGAAAUAAAAAUUAGAUUUUUUCUGAGAUCCAAUGGUUCUGCGUAUUUAUAUGACAUCUAGGGUCCUGGGUUCAAGAAUCGAGCUCUUGUCUGUAUACAAACAAAACCAUGCCCGCGAUAUUGCUUCAUAUCAACUUCAAUUCUUGCAUGAUUCUUGCACCGUGGCACUGAUCAAAGUAGCCAUGGAUAGAAGACUUGUAAACACGGAAGGGUGAAUAGGAGGGUUAGUUAGAUAUUCUAUAAAAAAAAAAUCACCUUAAAUCCGAUUUCCAUCUUCGUUAAUGUAAUCAGUAAGAAUUAUUCAAUCCGAAAUAAUUAAUAUACGGUAAGGAAAUGUCCGAUCAAAAUAUUAUCGGAUUAUGUAUACUAGUUUGCUUGGCUGUAGUAUUUAAUUUUUCACUUCAUCGAAUUGAGGAGGGUCAUGUUGGUGUAUAUUUUCGGGGUGGCGCGUUGCUUUCACACGUCAGUAGUCCGGGAUUUCAUAUGAUGGUCCCUCUUUUAACUUCAUAUCGUUCAGUUCAGGUAACUUUACAAACGGACGAAGUUAAAAAUGUUCCCUGCGGAACGAGUGGAGGUGUUAUGAUUUAUUUUGAUCGAAUAGAAGUUGUGAACAUUCUGGAUGCAAACAGUGUUUACAACAUGGUGAAAAACUUUACCGCAGAUUACGACAGGACUUUAAUAUUCAACAAAGUUCAUCAUGAAUUAAAUCAAUUUUGUUCUAUGCAUAGUCUUCACGAAGUUUACAUAGAUUUAUUUGAUCAAAUCGACGAAAAUUUAAAGUCUGCUCUACAGACUGAUCUCAAUGAAUUGGCGCCAGGACUCAGCAUCCAGGCAGUUCGCGUUACAAAGCCAAAAAUACCAGAGACUAUUAGGAAAAAUUACGAGUUGAUGGAAGCAGAGAAGACGAAGUUACUUAUAUCGAUACAGCAUCAAAGAGUAGUGGAAAAAGAUGCAGAGACGGAUCGUAAAAAGGCAAUAAUCGAAGCAGAAAAAGAAGCCCAAGUGGCAAAGAUUCAGUACGAUCAAAAGAUCAUGGAGAAAGAAUCAUUACAGCGAAUGGCGUCUAUUGAAGAUGAGAUGCAUCUAGCUCGACAGAAGAGUCGGUCAGAUGCUGAUUUUUAUCAAAUGGAACGACAAGCCGAGGCAAACAAGUUACUAUUAUCCAAAGAGUUUCUGGAGCUCAAGAAAUACGAAUCUCUAGCUCAGAAUGCCAAAGUGUAUUACGGAGCUGACAUCCCAAAAAUGUUUACACUCGGAGGCUGUUCCAGUGAUCCUACUUUGGGCGCUGAUGCAAAGAUCUCGCGGAAAGACGCGACCAUUGUUAGUGAUUUCGAACAGACAAAAUAAUUUCACGUAACGUUAGAAAGAAUGAGUGAUUUUUCGGAAGUGCGCUUGUACAUACCUAUAUAUAAUAUACUAAUUAUUGUUUGUUCGAAUACAAAUAAAUUACAGUAACUUACCUCGGUAAGACGUGAUUAUGGUAAAAAAAUGUGUAUUUUUGAAGCAUUAUCUGUAUGCUUUGCACGGUGACGCUCAUAUUAUGAACAUUUUUUAGAAAAUUAUUCAUCCUUUCGCCAUUUUCAUAUUGAAUGGGACCACAUCGUCUGAAUGAAAAGUUAGAAAAAGAGAAACAAAUCAUUUAAGAAAUCUAGCAAUAUCAUAUGUGCCGAUGAUGGAGAAUC